GUGCGUCAAAUUUCUUUGAGGGCCCCGUGUAUAGCCAGUGUGCUAAUCUAAUUUACAGAACCUUACAAAGGGUUUCACAAAGAUAGCUGUUUUUUUAGUCUCUUUUUUACUCCACCUGGUUUGGGGUCGGUCCAAUUCUCAUCCACAAUGUCCUUCCCCCCACAUUUAAACCGGGCGCUGUUGCCGCCUCCUGGUAUUCCCCCCCAAUAUGCUGGCUUCCCCUCAGGAACUCCAAUGAUCCCAGUUCACAUGGGCAUCAUGACCCCCACUACUACAGUAAUGGUGCCUUCCAUGGCUGUGGUCAGUAAGCCUCCAGUAUUUAACAAGAAGGAUGCUGUUGCGUUGCAAACCAAAGACAAUGAUGAGAGCAGUGGCCCCACCACCACCGUGUUUGUGGGGAACAUCUCAGAGAAAGCCUCAGACAUGCUAAUCAGACAACUCCUUGCGAAAUGUGGAAUUGUUUUGAGCUGGAAGAGAGUUCAAGGGGCUUCUGGGAAACUUCAAGCUUUUGGAUUUUGCGAGUACAAGGAGCCAGAGUCCACAUUACGUUCCCUGAGGCUGCUUCAUGACUUGCAGAUUGGAGAAAAAAAUCUCCUUGUGAAGGUGGAUGCCAAGACAAAAGCUCAGCUAGAUGAAUGGAAGGCUAAGAAGAAGACUGCAAAUGGGAAUAAGAAGGCAGAUGAAGAAGGAGGAGAUGAAGAGGAGGAGGUUCUAGACGAGGAGACCACAAAGAAGGAUCAAAUAGUUAAAGGUGCUAUUGAUGGGUUGAUGCGGGAAUAUGCUGCUGAACUCAACGCACCUUCACAGGAUGAGGAGUCUCAACGACGAAAGAGAAAAAAAGAGAAAAAAGAAGAGGACGACAUCAACACAAUCGAUAUGGAGGAGGACAAGAGAGACCUGAUUUCCAGAGAGAUUAGUAAAUUUCGAGACACCCACAAGAAACUAGAAGAGGAGAAGGACAAGAGGGAGAAGGAGCGGCAGGAGUUUGAGCGGGAAAGGAGGGAGCGGGAAAAAGAGCGUGAGCGGGAAAGAGAGCGACGUGACCGCGAGCGGGAGAAGGAACGGGAGAGGGAGCGGGAGAGGGAAAGAGAGCGAGAGCGGGAGAGAGACCGAGACAAAGACCGUGACCGCCGGACCAGAGAAAGGGAUCGGGACAGAGACUGGGAGAGAGACAGAAGCCGCGACAGGAGCGUUGAUCGCAGUAGAUCCAGAGAGGUGAGUCGAGACCGAGACAGAGAAAAGAAGAGAGAACAGGGGGAUGAGGAGGAGGCGUAUGAACGCAGGAAGCUGGAGAGGAAACUGCGAGACAAAGAAGCAGCCUAUCAAGAGCGUUUAAAAAACUGGGAGCUCAGGGAGAGGAAGAAGGCAAGGGACUAUGCCAAGGAUUCUGAAAGGGAAGAUGAGCGGCGGCGAGAAAUGGUGAAAGAGGGGAAAAGACUAAAAGAGUUUCUUGAGGAUUAUGAUGAUGAUCGAGACGACCCGAAGUACUACAGGGGCAGUGCACUGCAGAAACGUCUCAGAGACCGAGAGAAGGAGAUGGAGGCGGAUGAGCGUGACAGGAAGAGGGAGAAGGAGGAGCUGGAGGAAAUCAGACAGAGGCUGUUAGACGAGGGACAUCCAGACCCAGACGCAGAGCUACGCAGGAUGGAAGAAGAGGAGGAGGAGCGACUGAGGCAACCUCCCAUCAUCCAAGAACCAGAGCCUGAAGAGGAGCGUGAGCACCACAGGGCUUCACGAGACCACCGGGACCACCGAGGGGAACCAGAGCGGACACGCAUGCGGCCCCCUCACUCGGACGACGAGGUAGAAGAGGGUGAGGAGGACGUUUAUGAUAACGAUGAAGGAAACUCUGAUGCGAAAGCCAGCCUGAAGCCCAAAAUGCGGCCCAUCACAGCAGCCCCCUCGGUGUCGUCAGCCAGCGGCAACGUGUCCCCAAACACACCGGGAGACGAGUCACCGUGUGGCAUCAUCAUCCCGCACGAGAACUCACCCCCAGACGCUCUGCCACAGGAGGAAAACCGACCAAAGUUUGGCCUCAGCCUCAAACUAGGCGCCCCAGGAAGCCCCAGUCAACCCAAUGCAGUCAAAAGGAAGAGGCUGCCCGUGGACAGCGUCUUUGACAAGUUUGACGAUGAGGAGGCAGACGAGCAGCCACGCAAGAGGAAACUGGUGCCGCUGGACUACGACGACGACAAGAGCCUCGGCGUAGACGGCGCCGGGCUCUCCAGCAUAAAGGGAGCCGACACUGAAGAGAAACGCAAGCACAUCAAGAGCCUGAUAGAAAAGAUUCCUACAGCGAAACCGGAGCUGUUUUCUUACCCACUGGACUGGUCUAUGGUGGACACGACGUUAAUGGACCGACGAGUUCGUCCCUGGAUCAAUAAAAAGAUCAUCGAGUACAUCGGAGAGGAAGAAGCCACGUUAGUGGACUUUGUCUGCACUAAGGUGAUGGCUCACAGUAUGCCACAGAGUAUAUUGGAUGACGUUGCUAUGGUUCUUGAUGAAGAAGCAGAAGUCUUCAUCGUGAAGAUGUGGAGGCUGCUCAUCUACGAAACAGAAGCAAAGAAGAUUGGACUGGCAAAAUGAACAAAAAAAACACUGAAUGUUGAUUGACUUUUGUUGUUUUUCUUAGUGUACAAGUGUAGCACAGUUAUAUCAAGUUAUACCCCCCCAAAACAAAUCGUUAAAGACUGUACCGGCAGAUUCUGCUCAUUCAAACAGUUGCACCAGUGGUUGAGGUUCAUUUUUUUUCUGUCUCGUCAUACUCCACCUGAGUUUACCUCCCUGUCCGUUUGCAGGUUCUGACCGUGUCAGUGAACUUUUGUGUAUAUACAGUGCGUCACUCUUUGUCUAAUAUGGAAUAUCUCUUGAGAAGAAGCUGUUGCUGUCAAGCACCCACGAUAAAGGCUGUUGUUGGCAGGUAA